AUGAGUCAGGCCGAACUCCUUUUGGCAGAGACCAAGCCCCACGGGGCUAAGCCUCAUAUUUGCUGCGCGCCUCCUCCCCGUGCCCCUACCUCGCUCGGCAGCACCGCCCUCCCGGUCAGAGCCGAGCCCCGACGGCGGGUCCCGCGGCCGAGCCAGCCCGCGGACAGCGAGCCCUGCUCGGCGGAGCGGGACCGAGCCAGUCCUCGGGAGCACUGCGACUCGUACCCGCCGGAGCCAGCCUCCGACGGCGGCUGGCUGAGCGCCGACGAAUCCUCGGGCUACGAGAGCGAGAGCGCGGGAGGAGAUCGCGCUGCGGCGGCGGGGGGAACCCGCGGGCGGCAGCGGAGGGCGCGGACGGCCUUCACCUCUGAGCAGGUCUGCCGGAUGGAGAAGACCUUCCAGCGCCAGAAGUACCUGGGGGCCUCGGAGCGGAGAAAGUUGGCGGCUGCCUUGCAACUCUCGGAGAUCCAGAUCAAGACCUGGUUUCAGAAUCGGAGGAUGAAACUGAAGAGGCAGAUACAGGACCAGCAGCACAGCCUAGCGCCUCCUGCUCCACUCUACAGCUACCCCCCAGGGACCCUACCAGCCCUGUUUCAGGACGGGCUCCACUACCCGUUUGCUUCACAGCACCAGAGACUCCUGCCUUUUACCCCGCUGCCUGCUGUGCAGUUCGGCUUCUCCUUCCCCAGAUACGACUCAUCACAAAGCACCUACCACUUUAUGGCAAACGAGCUGCCAUACUACCAUCAACGCCUUCUUCCUCGUCCUCCUUUCCAUUCAGUUACUCAGAACAAAAUGGACAAUAAUUGCCACCCUGUAUAUGCGUUAUAG